AUGGGAGUUAAUCCGCAGUACGCGAACCCGAAAAUAAAGCUGCGUGUGGUCAGCCACUCGGACCUGUCGUCCGUUGCCAUUCCGGAAGAAUUUGACGCACGCAAAGAGUGGUACAUGUGCCCGACGAUCGGUGAAAUAAGAGACCAAGGCAACUGCGGCUCGUGCUGGGCGUUCGGUGCGGUGGAGGCGAUCAGCGACAGAAUUUGUAUUGCCAGCAAGGGAGCCAAAAUUCGUCGAAUUUCCGCUAGAGACCUGUUAAGCUGCUGCAAACUCUGCGGCAUGGGAUGCAAUGGAGGCUGGCCUACCGCAGCAUGGAUGUUCUAUGUCAGUCGCGGCAUCGUCACCGGCGGUGAUUACAACAGCAGCAUUGGGUGUGAACCGUAUCCUCUGAGACCAUGCGAUCAUCACAUCAAUGGCACCCAUGGUUCAUGUGGUUCCAAAAUUGAACCCACUCCGCGGUGCGAACAUACGUGCCAGCCCAACUACACAAACUCUUAUGAGAAAGACAAAAACUAUGGCUAUGACUCCUAUCGCGUCAAAAAGUCGGUCGAGUCAAUACAAAAAGAGAUCAUGCUAAAUGGACCUGUUGAAGCCGCGUUUAAAGUGUACGAGGAUUUUCUUUCUUACAAACAUGGCGUGUAUCAACAUCAUGUCGGCAUGUCACUCGGCGGACACGCGGUUCGACUGCUCGGCUGGGGUGUUGAAAACGGCACUAAGUACUGGCUGUUGGCCAAUUCGUGGAACGUCGAAUGGGGCGACCACGGGUUCUUCAAGAUGAAGCUGGGCAACAAUGAAUGCGGCAUCGAGUCAGAUAUUGUAGCAGGCAGACCGCGCAAGGACAAGUUCGUAAAGCAGGAAGAUUUCUGA